UACAUGCACCUCAGAUAUGCUGUCUGGAAGUAUUCUCAGUUGGUUAGUGCUGCUACUGACCCUGGCUGCUGUUACCAGGAGCGAGCACUAUCACAUUGUGCCAGUGGAUUCAACUGAAUUUUGUAAUGGAUAUCGAAAUGGAACUUGUUUCACUCUCGAGCAGCUUGUUCAAACAGACCUGUUAUCUGUUGGGGACGAUCUCACCUUAAACUUUCUGCCUGGAGAUCAUGUGUUAACAGAGCAGUUAUUGAUUCGUAACUUCUCACAUGUGAAACUUACUGGCAGCACAACUACAGCUGUAGUGGGGUUCCAUAGCAAUGGUACAAUACGUCUUGUUAGUAUUACUGACUUGAGUAUCGAAAACUUGGGUUUCGUUGGUUCACAAAACUCACAUAAAGGUUUAAUCAUUGACAGUGCCCACGAAUUCUCCAUCAAGAACUGCUGCUUUAUGAACUUUGUAUUACUCAAUCAGAUGGAAACCAACAUAGUUACAAUCACUAAUACUCAAGCUGCAACAAUUGAAAGCACUCUCUUCAUGAAUAACACUGGUCAGGCACUGCACGUUGAGGCUGAUGAUGUGUACAUAAUAAAUAGCGAGUUCACUAGAAACAAUGGAGGUGCCGUUGACAUUGAAUCGAACAACUCUCUGAUCAACAACACAGAGUUCAAUUACAACAGUGCUGUGAGCGGAGGAGCAUUACAAGUGGUAUCUGAUACUGUAGUGAUUACUUGCUGUAACUUCACAAAUAACAAAGCUUCUAACUGUGGUGGAGCGAUUGAUGCUGCUAACUCAGGCAGUGUGUCUCUCUCCGGUAGCACACUGACAAACAACAGUGCUAACUACAAUGGUGGAGCAAUGCGUGUUGGCUCAGGAAGUGUGUUCAUCUCAAACAGUGAGCUGACAAACAACAGAGUUGGCUCUGAUGGUGGAGCAAUUUAUAUUGACUCAGUCAGUGUGUCUAUCUCCAACAGUGACUUUACAAACAACAGUGCUGAUUACGUUGGUGGAGCAAUUAUUGUUGUUGCCUCAGGUAGUAUGUCCAUCUCCAACAGUGAGCUGACCAACAACAGAGCUUAUUAUAGUGGUGGAGCGAUUAUUGUUUACUCAGGUAGUGUGAUCAUCUCCAACAGUGAGCUGACAAAUAACAGUGCUGACUAUGGUGGAGCGAUUAGUGUUUACUCAGGUAGUGUGUCCAUCUUUGACAGUGACCUAACAAACAACAGAGCUGACCAUAGAGGAGUGAUUUUUGUUAACACCGGCAAAACGUCUAUCUUUAACAGUACGCUAGCCAGCAACAUUGUUGACAAUGGAGUGAUUUAUGUUUCUCAGUCUACCUUGAUUUUAAAAGACACUAACAUUACUAAUAACAUGGCCAGUUCUAAGGAAAGCAUUAUUUAUGCUUUCAACAGUCGAGUCGACUUUAAUGGAUCUACAACACUCAGUAACAAUCGAGGUGGUUUGUUUGGUGGAGCUAUCGGUGCCUUGCAGAGUCAACUAUACAUUAAUACAGAAGGUGUGAUCAUCACCAACAACACGGCAACCUAUGGAGGAGGGAUAUUUCUAAGAGAGAGUACAAUCUUUGUAAACGAGCCAAUAAAGAUCUAUAAAAAUACAGCAUACCAGGAUGGAGGAGGAAUGUAUGCAUAUUCUAGCAGAGUUGAGUUCCAAUCAGUUCAGAUGGUAGAUGCAUAUGGUCAGCCACUUCCUCCAAAUAAACAGAGUGAGAUUGCUCACAACGUUGCUGAGAAUAAUGGUGGAGGUAUUUAUGCAGUAUCUUCAGCUAUAGAACUUACUCAAUCACAUGUUCACAUUAACUCAAACACUGCAAACACUAAUGGAGGUGGAUUGUAUCUACAGCAAAGUUCAAAACUGUACCUCUUUAAAAAUAAUGGAGAAGAUUCAUGGAAUAAAUUAUAUGUCAAGUUAAUGAUUAUUGAGAACUCGGCUCAAUAUGGCGGAGGGAUAUUUGUGGCAGAUGACACAGAGAGUGGUGCCUGCAGAGUAGGAGCCAUAGAAACUGAUGAUACUCACACUAUUUUUGCUGGCUGCUUCAUUCAAACAAUUAAACUAUAUGAGUGGCACAGGGACAGCUAUAAUCGAAAUUAUUUUAACACAUUCAUGACCAACAACACAGCUACCCAGUCAGGAGCAGACAUUUACGGAGGUCUUUUGGACAGGUGUACAGUAAGUCAAAGUGUUGAAUAUUACAUUUCUUCAAAUGGAUCUGGAUUGGACUACGUAAGUAACACCACAAAGUUAUCCACUGAAUUAUCAAUCUCUUCUAAGCCUGUUCAAGUGAUUUUUUGCAAUAAUGAUCGUCGUAUUAUUUCUACAAGAAAGGGACACAAGUUUAAAAUCAGUGUCAUGGCUGUUGACCAAGUUGGGAAUCGAAUGAAUGCCACAAUUCGCAGUUCUGUUGUCAGUGAGAGUAGAGUUAAUCGUCUCAAAGAAGGACAGGCAAAACAGGAAGUUGGUGAUCAGUGCACAGAAUUAGAGUACAAUGUAUUCUCACAAGACAGCUCUGCUCAAGUGGAACUCUAUGCUGAUGGUCCAUGCAUCAAUUUUGGAAUUUCAAGACAAAUUAUUAGUAUUUCAUUUCAACCCUGCACAUGCCCUAUUGGAUUCAAGCCAAUUCAGUCUGAUAUUGAGUGCAGGUGUGACUGUGAUCCAGUCUUGCAACAAUAUCAGAUAACAAACUGUUCUGAGGAAAAUGGGACCUUAAAGCUAGAAAGUAAUACCAACGUAUGGAUAAAUACCAUCAAUGAAACAGGGUAUAUUGUUAGUAAUUGCACAUUUGACUAUUGCUUACGAAGGCCAGUUGACAUCAGUCUAAGCAGCCCCGACAAACAGUGUGCCGAUAAUCGAAUUGGAAUCUUAUGUGGAGGAUGUAAAUCAAAUUUCAGUCUUGUGCUGGCUACGUCAAAGUGUAAAGAAUGCUCUAAUCUUUACCUUCUUCUACUAAUACCAUUUGCGCUGGCUGGCAUAAUAAUAGUUGCUGUAAUUCUUGUGCUCAACAUAACUAUAGCAACUGGAACUAUUCAUGGCCCCAUUUUUUUCGCCAACAUAGUAGCUGCUAAUAGAACAAUAUUUUUUCCUAGUUUAAAUAACUUUUUAACAGUUUUUGUAUCAUGGGUGAAUCUUGAUUUAGGUAUUGAGACAUGCUUUUACAAUGGAAUGACCUCUCAAGCAAAAGUACUCCUUCAACUUGUCUUUCCCGGUUACUUGUUUCUUCUAAUGCUUUUUAUUAUCAUUUUGAGCAAGUACUUUGACUCAUUUUCAAAGCUCCUCUCCAACAGGAACCCAGUUGCCGCCCUUGGCACACUCGUCCUACUGUCUUAUUCCAAACUCUUACGGUUUAUCAUUGCUGCACUGCAAUACAGGGUCUUGGAUUAUCCUAAUGAUACAAAUGAUAUAGUUUGGGUGUAUGAUAGCAAUGUACAAUUCUUCACUCCUGAUCGUAUUCCUCAGUUUGUUGCUGCUGCCAUAAUCCUCAUUGCCGGUGGAUUGUUUACUAUACUCCUCUUCUUUGGACAGUGGUUUCCUCGCUGUUCCAAGAUUAUGAAAUGGACCAAGAACACAAAGUACAUUGGAUUCAUGGAUACAUACCAUGCUCCAUUCACUCCCAAGCAUCGCUACUGGGUGGGACUGCUCCUUUUUGCUCUGAUUGCUCAUAACCUAGUAACUGCUAUGGCUCCAGACACUUUUCUUCCCGUGCUAUCAUCUGGGGCUGUAUCAGUUGGACUGAUCGGCUGGAAACUACUGAAUAGCCGUUUGUAUAAAAGUAAUUUUUGUGAUUCUUUCGAAAAUCUCUAUCUACUCAAUGUUGCUAUUCUAGCAUUCGGCACCUCUUAUGUCAAAGAUACCAAGAAAGAUCAGUCAGCACUAGCCAAUACGUCAAUGGCUAUAUCAUUCACUCUAUUUGUGACAACACUAUGCUACCAUUUUCACCAAUUUGUACUCAAAAAGAGUAAUACAUGGCUGAAGAUAGAGGACCAAAUAAGAAACUUACGAGCAGGUGUUGCAGACAUUAGACUCCAAAUACCUAACAAUGAUAGGGAAAUGUAUGAUCUGGUAGCCGAUGAAAACGAUGAUGAUGAAUUAUUUGAAGCAGUAGAUAACUAUGAAGAAAGAGACCCCAUGAAUCCCACUUACAUUGACGGAGCAGAAGAAGCUGACCCUGAUCGCUAUAUCACUCCUCCUAUUAUCAGACCAGCCACGAAGUCAGAACAGCUGAGACUAUCCUACAUGGAUGAACUGGCCCCCCUCACCACAGAGGACUAUAGACCAUCCCCUCCCCCUCCAAGAGUCAUCCAUCGUCCUGUCGUUACACACACAGAAAUAGGCCCCAUACGAAAUGAAGUAUGAACGGUCUUAUUUAGCUUAGGUACCCACCAUUCACAUUUGCAAAUUUGAUUGUAAUUUGUGCUAAUAAUUAUUGAUACAGAGAUUAUAGACAUUUUAU